CCCGGCCCCCGGCGUGAGCGGCCGGGAUGCGGUGCGGGAAGAUGGCGCCGCCGCCGCCGCCAGGAGAGGCGGUUGGCGCUUGGGGCAGCGUGCGGCGCCGCUGCCAGCGGCUGCUCUACUGGGUGCCGGUGCUCUUCAUCUCCAGCAUCCUCUGCUGGUCCUACUACGCCUAUGUCACCCAGCUCUGCCUGCUGACAAUGACAAAUAUUGGAGAAAAAGUUGUGUGCCUGGUUGCUUACCACAUAUUUUUCAUGCUGUUCGUCUGGUCAUAUUGGAAAACAAUCUUUACUCUGCCAAUGAAUCCUUCAAAAGAAUUCCAUCUAUCAUAUUCAGACAAGGAAUCCCUAGAGAGGGAGCCUAGAGGUGAAUCCCAGCAAGAAGUCUUGAGACGGGCAGCAAAGGAUCUUCCUAUCUAUACACGGACAAUGUCUGGAGCAAUCAGAUACUGUGACAGAUGCCAUCUUGUAAAACCAGAUCGUUGCCAUCACUGUUCUGUGUGCGACAAAUGCAUUUUGAAAAUGGAUCAUCAUUGCCCUUGGGUGAACAACUGUGUAGGAUUCUCCAAUUACAAAUUUUUUCUCCUCUUCUUGGCUUACUCUCUACUGUAUUGCCUUUUCAUUGCUGCAACAGAUUUACAGUAUUUUAUCAAGUUUUGGACAAAUGGCCUUCCGGACACUCAAGCCAAGUUCCACAUCAUGUUUUUAUUCUUUGCUGCAGCAAUGUUUUCUGUCAGUCUGUCUUCUCUCUUUGGGUAUCACUGUUGGCUUGUCAGCAAGAAUAAGUCUACAUUAGAGGUAUUCAGAGCUCCCAUAUUUCGUCACAGAACAGACAAGAAUGGCUUUAGCUUGGGCUUCAGCAAAAACCUAAGGCAGGUGUUUGGUGAUGAGAAGAAAUACUGGUUGCUGCCUGUGUUUUCAAGCCUAGGGGAUGGUUGCUCCUUCCCAACUUGCCUUGUUAAUCAGGAUCCUGAGCAAGCUUCCACACCUGGUGGUCUUAAUUCAGCAUCCAAAAAUGAGAGCCACCUGUUUCCUGCCAAGCCACUGCGUGAUUCCCAGAGCCACCUUCUUACUGAUACACCAUCUUGGUCAGAAACCAGUGCACAGACUGAAAAGGGCAAAGUUGGUAUGAGCAAUCCUGCAUUAACCAUGGAAAAUGAAACCUAAUGUCCCUUAAAAGAAACAUCUGAAUAUAUAAGGAAAGUUCAAGAAAAUACUGUUGUUGAAAGGAAGGUGUAUUCUUCCAAAUGUCAGCCCUGUUGGCCAGCUGCUCCUGUCUGCUCCUCUGUGGAUGUGCUCAGAAAACAAAUUGGCAGAUGAUUAGCUGUCUCCAUGUCACUGCUUGAAACAUGAAACUAAACAUACUAUUUCUGAACCAGAUAAAGAAUAUUUCAACUUAAAAUUACCUGUUUUGAAUGAAAAGGAUGCUUUUGAGUAUUAGGAAAUGAAAACCAGAAAAAGGGAGUCAUUUUACUAUUGUAAACAAACAGUGACAGGGUUUACUUUGAUAUUCAGUACAAGAAAAAUGUGACUUCCUUACAGUUCAGUCCAUUUUCUUGCCUUGGUUUUGAAAAUUCACCUUUUAAUUCAAAUUGCUGUUAAGUCAUUGAGUUGAAAAAUCAAUUUUUUGCACUGCUGACUUAACAGAUAUGAAUAAUUUUGUGGCUUCAUGAACUGUAUUUUCUUUUGAGCGCUUGAUAAGCAAUCUUUGAAGAGGACACCCCAGUGAAGUGUCUAACUAGUUCUGGAAGACCUCAUUGCAAAAGCUCCAUUUUCCCUCAGAUUUGCUUUACCAAUAGUUUGACAAGAUGUGGUGGGGAGAAAAAGCCUGAUUUGUUAAUUGAAUGCUACAGUGGGACACUGGUAAGUGGAGUGAUAAAAAGCCUGUGUUCAGCUGGACUACACCAACAUGAAGCUGGCCAGCCCUGAUGGGAGUGGCACAGGCCAGUGCAGUACAGUGGGGAUGUUAUUGUGCCCUUUGGAGCCAUUAUCCCUGUUGGAAAACAAAGGUUAGCACUUCACUGAUCCAAAAGGAUCUCCAUUUUACCAAAUCCUAAUUUCUCAAUCAAUAGUUGUCUCAGAUUUUUUUUUUUUCACUUGUUCUUUAAGACAAUGCCUUUCUUACUGCACAACCAAAAAGCCAAGCUGCUGCAUGUAGGAACCCUCCAUCAAUUCAGUUACAAGCUGGCAGCCUUCUUAGGAUCAGAGUUUACUGGCCAAAUAAUAGAAGAUGCAUUAUCAACUCUCAAAGUCUAGGAAGUUUCAGCAACACAGAUCUAAUUGUCUCGUGCCUUUUGUAUACACUACAUUUAUGGUAUCAGUGUUUACAUCUAGAUGCAAAUUCUUAUUCUGAAAACAACUCCAGGAGGAAAUUUGUUACACUUUCUAGGUGGCUGGAUAAAAAACCUAGUCCAAAAAAAAAUUAAAGUGAAAAAUGCUCAGACCAAGCUCAGUUCAGUUGAAGCAGGAAAGUUUUUCUGUUAUGGAACCUGGGUCACUUAGCAGGCUGGUUCACAGUGUAAAGAUUCCUGUUGUUUAGAAAACAGGCAGCAGGACUCUGUGGUGGAUUUCUAAAAGAAAAAAUUGUAUCAUUAGCUCUUCGACAGGCAGGUAAAUUUAAAAUUUGUCUUUCCAGGGUUUACAAUUUAAGUGAUAGCUGUUGGAGCACAAAUAUGGGGUUAUUUUGGGUUGAAUUUUUUUUCAUUUUUUUUUUUCAUCUCAAAAUUCUACCAGCCUGAAAACACCUGUUUCUUGCCAGAAGUGCCAGAGGAUGGGUCCCUUGAUGUAGAAUACCUUUUUUAACUAGCAUGAAGGUAGCAUACAGUUUACAUGAUGCCUGCAGACAUCUAGCAACCAAAAGUUUUUCACAGCUAUUUAUUCAGUGUUGUUCUGUCAGCUUACCUCGUAUUAACAUUUGUUUAAAGGUUAACUUGUCAAGGGACAAGGGGGAGAGGGAAAAUAUAUAUUUUUAACACUUCAGGUUCUCUAUCUGUAUAGUCUUGUUUUUUACAAAGUUAAGUCACAGGGUGGUUUGUCAUGGAGCAUGCAUUUGAAAAUAUCAAGUACAAAGUUAAACUUCAGCUUCAGUGUUAACUUGCUCCAUGUUUUUACAUAAAGGCAAAGUAUAGAUUUUUUCCCCAGCAAAACUCAUUCUGGAUCACUCCAGUAUGGAGGUCAGCAUUGCUGACUGGGUCCAGUGCUCUGCAAGCUCUCAGUGAGGUUUGGGGAUUGAUGUAAAGAACAGAGAGGGGUAAGGGGUCACGUAAGGCUUCUCCAGGUCUCAUAAGUCACACUCAGAAAGCACAAUAGCCCUACAUAAUCUGCAGUUUUGAUGUAGCCAGAGGCUGUUCCUGUAGCAGAAAACAGAUGAAGGAAUGGGAAAUCCAUGCUGAGGGCAGAAAGAGAACUGAGGGGAGCUCAGAGGUUCAGCAGAUCUGAGGCAGAGGACUGUAGCUACACUGCUCUCAGGAUGAGUAUGAGCUGUGCCUCUGAAGAGCAGUCAGCAGGAGUGUUCCUGGCAGUUCUGGUUAGGGUGCAGACAAGGGUGAGCUAAUCAUGCUCCAAAGUAUAAUCUCUGAGAUGGCUAUAUUUUUGGCUUUAAGCUCUCUUAAUACUUUAUGUAGCAGAGUGGCAAAUGGGCUUUUUGACAUAGUGUCACUGAGCAUUGAUGCUGUUACAAUGCACAGGGGAGACUGCAAAGAAGUAAGGGGAGCAAGGACACCGUGUUGUUUGUCUGCUUGCACUGAUUCUCCUUUAUAUUCUUGCUAAGCACUUUACUGCAGCCUUCUGUGUAAUUUCUGUCUUUUAAAAAAAGACUGCUUUUUACCUAUUGUACAGUUACUAAUGUACUUUUUUGCUGAAAGAGUAACAGGCCCUGGUAUUUGUCUAGCAGUGUAACUGCAUUUCAAGCUUCAGUGGAAGUUGGGUAUGUUCUACUGACUCCUUAGAUGGGCCUGAGUCCCUAAUGACAACAGAGUUCAAUUUAUUUUGUAUACAUGUAUGCAGUCAUAUGGCUUGUAGCCCCCCACAUGCACGUAACAAGCUUUCUUAAUUUGUAGUUUAGAACAAAUCCAGUAUGUGUCUGUACCAGAAGUGGCCCACACAUACUCUGUAUCUGUUGACUGAGUGCUCCAAGUCUUCAGAAAGAACUAUUUUUAUUAAGAAAAUGGAACACUUAGAUGUUGUUGAGCUCUCCUCACUAAGAAUUAAGACACAGCUCUUGCUAUGCACUUUAGUUCUUUAACUUGGGAGAAAAAACACUCUACAGUUCAAGUUGCAGAUCGAAAGCUCUUUAGUUACCUACAGCUAUGGGCAGGUAACAAAAUUAGCAAUUCUUUUAAAUUAUUGGUGUACUUACAGUCUGUCUUCAGGCAAGACUUCCAACACAGUUGCAGGAAGCAAACUUAUUUUAGUGCAUGGUGUGCUGUAGCAGUUGUUAAUCCCACAUUUGGACUGAGAGAGUUCUUGCCCAGAUUCAGUUGAGUGGUAUGGUGGAUGCAGGGGGGGAAAUGUUUCUACAUAAAUUUAGUGUAUAACUUUGCUACUUAUUAAUGUAUUGCUCAUAUAAAUAAAUGCUUCAUGUUCAG